GACGCGGUUCUCUUUUCGAAUUCGCACGCUCGAUUUUCCUCGAUGGUCCGCCACCGUCACUGCUGUGCGAUUAAUUACGCAAUCAUUGUGUGCUGCCGAUGUGCGUCGGCAGUUCACCUUGGAUCAGCGAUCCACAAGGAUCUGAAAAUGCGCGCGUAAAGUACAGCCACCUCGCAAGCAGGUUCGCGGUGUCCAAGGAUGAUUCAUUUUCGACGAUGUUCAUAAACUAAGAGAGAAAAGACAACGCGGCCAAGUUUCGCGGGUCGCGCGAUCCUUUUCGGGACGAGUUUCGAACUGUCGCCACCGACGGGGGAUCAUUUUUCACGCGUAGACAAAAGCAGCGUUCUGUGGUCUGCCAGUGACGCGGGAAUGGGUUUGACAGACACGAGUUUCGAGGUACUUUUGACUUUGUGGUGGGUUCUCGUCGUGGGAGUUGUGUGGACCGAAGGGGUCCGCGGUCAGUGUCGCGGUGUCUUGCCGAGUCGCAGCAUCGACGGUCUCACACGUUAAUUGUUCCGGACGUGUUUCUUCGGAAAGCGAGACAUGUCGUCGAGGGUGGUGAAGAAUCCUCCGAAGCUGGACAUCGGCGUCGAUGGCAGGGAGACCUGGUCUGGCAAAGUCGACUUCCUCUUGUCUGUCAUCGGAUUCGCUGUUGACCUCGCCAAUGUGUGGAGAUUUCCUUAUCUGUGCUACAAAAACGGCGGUGGUGCCUUUCUGGUCCCGUACUGCAUAAUGCUGGUGGUAGGUGGAAUUCCUCUCUUUUAUAUGGAGCUCGCCCUAGGCCAAUUCAAUAGAAAGGGUGCGAUCACCUGCUGGGGUCGUAUAGUGCCACUUCUAAAGGGAAUCGGAUACGCCGUGGCUCUGAUCGCAUUCUACGUCGACUUUUACUACAACGUGAUCAUUGCGUGGGCGUUGAGAUAUUUCUUCGCUUCGUUCUCCAGCCUCUUACCAUGGACCACCUGCGACAAUCCGUGGAACACACCGCAUUGUCGUGCAUUCGAUGCAAAUGUUUCUUACACGUUCGACGAUACAUCUCCUGUCGAAUCGUUCGAUCAGAGGGACUCGAGCAACUCGUCCUCCAUUGAAGAUUACUUGGACAGGACCUCGAAUCAAGGAUACAAUAAUACGUGGUACACGAGUGCCGCGCAGGAAUAUUUCCAUCGGGCCAUUUUGGAACUUCACAAGAGUGAAGGCUUGCACGAUCUUGGGGCAAUUAAGUGGGACAUAGCGUUAUGCUUGCUGGUGGUCUACAUCAUCUGUUACUUCUCUUUGUGGAAGGGCAUUUCUACCUCUGGCAAGGUAGUUUGGUUCACAGCUUUGUUUCCUUAUGCUGUUCUACUAAUUUUACUUAUACGAGGCGUUACGCUGCCAGGAAGUCUAGAAGGCAUUCGAUACUACCUGAACCCGAACUUUUCAGCCAUCACGAAAGCGGAGGUGUGGGUAGACGCUGCAACACAGGUGUUCUUCUCCCUCGGGCCGGGCUUCGGGGUGCUGCUGGCUUAUGCGAGUUAUAAUAAAUAUCACAACAACGUUUACAAGGACGCGUUACUAACCAGUCUAAUCAACAGCGCAACAUCAUUCAUUGCUGGAUUCGUGAUCUUCUCUGUGCUAGGAUAUAUGGCUCGUGCAAGCGGAAAGUCCAUUCAGGAUGUAGCAACCGAAGGUCCUGGUCUAGUCUUUAUCGUAUAUCCUGCUGCUAUAGCUACAAUGCCAGGGUCCAUGUUUUGGGCACUCAUCUUCUUUAUGAUGCUGCUCACUCUUGGAUUAGACAGCUCGUUUGGAGGCUCUGAAGCCAUAAUAACAGCCCUCAGCGACGAGUUUCCUAUUAUCGGGAACAAUCGUGAAAUUUUCGUCGCUUUCCUUUUCACAUUGUACUUCCUCGUUGGAUUAGCGUCGUGUUCCCAGGGCGGGUUUUACUUUUUCCACCUGUUGGAUCGUUACGCGGCGGGUUACUCAAUGUUAUUCGCAGUUUUGGCGGAAGCCAUCGCCAUCAGCUGGAUUUAUGGAACUGACAGAUUUUGCGCGGAUAUCAAAGACAUGAUCGGGUUUUCACCUGGAAUAUAUUGGCGCGUCUGCUGGAAAUUCGUCGCCCCGAUAUUUCUCAUGUUUAUUAUCGUUUACGGUUUAAUGGGCUACGAACCGCUGACUUACGAGGAUUACGUCUACCCAGUCUGGGCAAACGUGCUGGGUUGGUUAAUCGCGACUUCCUCAAUUGCCAUGAUACCCGGCAUCGCAAUUUACAAGAUCAUCGUCACGCCCGGCAGCUUCAUCCAGAGAUUAAGAAUCCUCACCACUCCCUGGAGGGACACGCAGCAGAAGAACGCGGAUUUAGCCUCGGUGGCAAACGGCGCGGUCCGUCGCAGCUUCAUCGCGGACCAGGACUUAAACCUGUCUAACGAACAGCAGGAAUUAACCAAGGAACAAACGGAGGUGAUGAUCCAAUCCAGAGAAGGUAUUAACGGGGAUCCACCUCCGGAGCCGGUCUAGGACAGUGCGGUUGUGAUUUUGCACGGUGCACGGUUCCAAGUUUACCUUUGCUAAUGUUCCAUCGUUGGGGCUUAUAUUUUCACCGAAUCUCUUUGCCUUGAGCCGCAAGGACCUCGAACGCACUCACUUAGACUUUGCGAUGCGCACCUUUACGACGAUUCUUUACUCCCUGAACGGCGAGGAUUCACGACGAGGCCUCUUGUGCAGUGAACUCGUUCAACAGUGAGGAAGAAACCACUUCUCGACGCGUCACAAUUCAUUUGUUAACGACAAAUUGCCUGACAAACCAUUGUAGCUUCUUCUUUCCGUGGACCAGAACAGACUCAGGUUUCUGUAACAAGUUACUAGUCAGAUACUUCAAGUUUUCACAGCUUGGCUCUUCGUGGUUGAUAUUAACAAAGGCUUCUGGGCGCAGCUGUGUCCUUUUGGGAUGGAUACUAUGAUGUUUUGGUUGUAUCGCAGGUAGAUUCUUCGGGAUUCGAAUGCCGCAACGGUAUCGAUCAGUGGACUACAGAUUUUUAUGUAUUUAGAGAAAAUUUUAAUGUGCAAGAAACUACAUAAUGCACACAAUAUGCAAUAAUAUACGAAAAUAUUGAGAGUGAAGUGCAUAUUAUAAUAUUUGUAAAGUAAAAUGAAUUUCUGUUUGGGUCCAAUUUUUGAAGGAACGUUGCAAAGAUUUUAUUUUGCAUAAAGAUCCGCUGUCUAUCGAUAAUUUAUAGGUGUCAUAGGUAUUUAUCGUACCAUUUUCCUUAUAAAAUAUUUAAAAAACGAUAGAUUCGUAAAUUUUAUUAGCAUGUUCGUUACAUUUAUUUUUGCCUCUUAAGUUUGAAACAUUCAGCACCAUCAACUAAAUAUCUAUUUGUCAGAUUCUGAACUUGGAAAGUUACAAAUUACGUUUUAAAGUCUAAUCGAUUAUCUUAUUAUUAUUGAAAAUGAUUGAUUAAAUAUAUUCUUCACUUAAUGCUGACGAAGUGUCAGAAUAUCUCACCCAAAAGAGAAUUAUGUCUUUCUAUAUUCUUACAAAAACUAAAGAGACGAAUUUAGUAACUAGCAAUAAUAUAAUAUUAUGACGAAUAUUGACAUAGUAGCGAUAAUGUGCUGACAUUUUUAAAUAAAAAAUUCAGUCGAUAAGUUUGUUUCUUUAAUGAAAGUACACGUUAGGAUAUGGAACUACAUAAUUCCAUUUUAAACAAAAUUUUAAGCGCCCAGAAAGCCUAAAACCAAAUACAACCAUGUCUCGAAUGUUUUCAAAUAAUAUCUUCAAUUUCUGUUCACAAGCACUUCAAAAUCAUCGCGUUUUUCAAAUGAAAUUACAUACAUAAUUUUACUGUGCGCUCUCGUACCAGACAAAUAGGAAUUAAAUUAUCGAAAUAGAACAUUUUUUCAAUCAUGAUAUCUUUAGGUAUAGUUGAAGCAACGCUCCUUCGUCAUCCUGGUGACUAAGAUUUCGAUUAAAAUAGCGUUGCAUCAGCUGAAAUUGCAACAGAGGAUUACUUUCUUUUUUUAAGUCAAUAAUAAUCGAUGCUUAUUUCGAAUUUUUUCAUUUUUAAAAUCACGAGAUUUUCUUUAGAAAUUUGCCUAGAGUGUUCAAGAGGUCCAACCUGUAAAUAUUACAGGCAUUAUUUAAUAACAUUUUUCUAAACGAACACAGUAUAUAUUACACCUUUUCUUCUAAACGUUUUUCUAAUAUUUUGCCUGUCUAUGGUAACCAUCCUAUUCUAUGCUAAAGGAGAUAUUAAUUUAAAAAAAAAAAAAAAGACAGUUAUUUUUCUCCCAAUUAAAUAUGUCUAACUGAAAAUAAAAGAAAAAUCAUCUCAAACCUUUACUGUAGCGUACAAAACGCCAUAAAAAAUGUCGUAGAUAAAUACAGUUAGCGUAAUAAGUAUUCGUACAGGAACCAUUUAUUUUAAAUUGGUUGCUGUACGAAUACUUAUUACGCUAACUGUAUAAAAAAAGAAAGGAUGAUUAAGGAAUAGUUUUCGUACCCUUCCAAAAGUAUUAUUUACAAACUGGAUAUCGGUUCAUAGAAUUCUCUCUGUACUUAAAACAAAAAUAAGAAAUUAUCAAAGCUUUGAUUUGAAUUUCAACAAAUUUACUUGAAUUUCUUGUAGAAACGUGUAGCUAACCCUUUGAGAAUAGGAUACUUGUAGGGAAGUGUUCGUAAAGUAGACUUUACGUGUAUAGCUCUUCUGUAAAAUAGUGAUAGCAUUUUCCAAAACUCGUAUGCCUUUUUCCUAGAAGCAUAACGAAAUCGAACCUUUCGUUACCUACAUUUUAUUUUGAAACGAUAUUAUCUGAAACACAUACGAUUAGCAAAUGAUGUCAAAAUGAUAUCUUUACGUGAAUGUUGACAGAAAUUGAAUUAAACUGCAUUAAAUAAAAAAAAGAAAAAAAAAAGAAAUAGACCUGGUAAAAUGUGUUUUUGGGGCAUAAACUGAAAUAAAUGUACAAAUUUGGAGACUGUGUCAUCAACGUGCGAACGAAAAAUAUACGAAACAAAGCAGUUUGUUUUUAAUCGCCGCAAAGGAUUAAACAAUAAUUUUCUUAUCGCUAAGGUUGCAUAUCGUUGACAGUAUUAUCAUGUCCAAUUGUUUCCCGUUUCAUUGCUCGAGCACUCUUACAUAGUCUGGCUUCGAUCAGACGUACAUGCUGUGUAGACUAUACGCAAAUUGUAACCACCGUUCAGGUGUGAUAAUGUUAUAUUACAAUUGUAUUAACGUUCAAAUGUUAUCGAAAUAACGAAGCCUAUCAUCGAAAAGCAUUUACGCUUUGUCGAUUUAAUAUUUAGAAUAGAACAGUCCUUGGACAGACAAUACGAUGGAAAAGUAAGAAUCGCAGAAGAAAUGAAACUUAAAAAUAAAUCAUCCUAUAAGUUUCAUUUCUGUUAAAAAUAAAUCAUCCUAUAACAGAAAUUAUGUUUAAUAUGAUUACAGUAACAUGUUUUAUUCUUUCCUUAGGACAUUGAACGUAAUUAUUUAGCAAAUAGUAGGCACUUAAUUGAUCAAUUUAAUUGUACUUUUUAGUACCUGUUUAUUAUUUAUGGAAUUUUACAAAGCUUAGUACAAAUAUAGUUAUUAUAUAAAAGCUUUAUUACUAUGUUAAUUAUGUAUUCCGUGAAAUAUUCUUGCUACUUAACUUUUCAAGAUAAUUCUUAUUAGUUGGUUCCUCUAAUUUCAUUAUUAUUCUCCAUUUUAUUAACCUUAUCUCUCGAAUCAUUUUUGACUAAUAUUUUUCUUUCUAUUUUGACUGGUUUAUUUUCUUCUAAAUAAUUAUAACAAUUAUUUGUAUUAUAAUUUCGCAAAAUUUGAAAAUAAUUUUUACACAGACCCACUUUCUUUAAAAAAAAAUAUCAAAUUGCAAAAAGGAUUCUACAAGAAUUGUCUGUCACCUCGACUCCGAGAAUCGACGAUGCAAAUGGUUGAGUAGAUGUUAAGUAUUUGAAAAAAGAAAACUAUUAUUGUGAACUUGUUAGGAAAUAUUCUAUGUGCAGAUAUACAUAUAUGUACGAUAUAGUUUAUAGCUGUUGUUGUUAGGUACAACGGUACGUGUGUAUGUAUAAUGAUAUGCGGAUGUGUGUGCAUACAUCUAUACAUACAGGGUGAACUACUAAAAAAUAAAACAUGUAAAUGUCUCCUGUAAUUGUGAGAGUUUCGAAAGAACGUCGUGGAUAUGAUCAAAGCAAUUUUAAUCUACGAUUUCGAACUCAGAAAUACAUAUUGAGUAACUCAGACUAACAUUGAAUACUCAAAAAAAUAUUUUCUUUAAAAUUUCUUUGAUAUUUCGUUUAUUUCAAUAUUAAAUUGUGUAAAAACGUUAUAAGAUAAAUAUUUUAUAAUUGAAUAUUAUACUCUUUUUACUGCUAUGAACUUCAGGAACUACAUAUUUAGAUACAUAGGAAAUCAAACAAAUUUUUAAAAGCAAUUACUACAACGUAAACAUAGUAAGUUAUACUUUAUAUACAGUCAGUCUCAUAAGUAUUCAAUAGAUAUCUUCAAUAGAUAGACAUAAAGUACUAAUGGGAAUGACUGUACAUCUUGUUUACGCUUUUAAAUCAUUUUAAUCACGUCCUCGACAUCUUUCAGACUCUCACUACUCAAAAAAAGAAAAAAAAAUAUUGUGGUGUUCCUUUUAAAGCGAACCAUCCUGUAUAAUUGUAUGUUAUAUUUUAUACAUCGCAUCUGAGUUGCGACCACAGCCAUAGGUAGCAGCUCGGGCCUUGUUGACAUGAUAAAUAAACAAAUAUUCGCAAGAA